AUGCUAGGCACCUUCCCCCACGCCAUCUUCACAAUUCCAUCCACACGCUCUGGCGUCCCACACCCAUACUCCUGUCCCUCCAGCCGCUCCUCUCAACGUUCCGUGGCAACCCGCUCCCAACCACCCUCUUGCGGCCCAUCACCCCCUCCGCAACACUUGCCCGGAAUGGAACCGGAGCCGACCACUGCCGCUCUCCUCAAGGCUAUCCUCAACCUCACCAACCAAGUCGGGUCCUUGCAGGCCCAAAUAUCAUCACAAGGCCAACAGCUUGCAGAGCUCAAAGCCUUAUGCAAGGAAACCAACAACCUUGUUGGUGACAAAGACCAGGGCGGAGCCCAAACCAAGACUGGCCCAUUGACUGGGCCUGUCACCCCUCCUACCCACUCAGGGGGGAAGCCCACACUCCAGGCACGGCCAUCAAGAGGAACAGGAUUCAAUUCUGAGGAGGACGAGGAACCAAGGCACCCCAAAAGGGAGCCUCAAGGAACGCCUAGAAGGCAUCUCGGCUCACUUACCCCCUUCAAUGCCGGGUCCAGCAUAAAGAGGCCCAAGAUGGACCUCCCUGAUCCAUACAAGGGAGAUACCAGGGGACGUAAGGCUACCCAAUGGCUUGAUAGGAUGAUGCUCUGGGUUGCACUCCACCGGGACCAAUUUGAUGAGGAGGAGCAGAUGGUUGUGUGGAUCUUAUACCACAUGACAGACAAAGCCGCCGACUGGGCCCUCCCUAUCAUUGGAAACAUCAUCAAAGGCAAAGGUAACCCUCCUACCACCAUCCAGGCCCUAACAGCCAAAUUCAAGGAAGCCUUUGCUGACCCCAACGCCAAACAGGCCGCCGCCAGGAAAAUAGCUACCCUGGUCCAAACCUCCACCACCUCCGAGUACGUCACGGAGUUCUGCAAUCUCAUUGCAGAAUUAGACUGGAAUGAGGAGGCCUACAUUGCACAGUUCACGCGGGGCCUCCACUGGAAAGUCAAGGAACUGUUGUCUACCAAGGAUAGCAUCCCUGACAAUCUCAAAGCCAUCUUUGCAGCGGCUAUUAAAAUUGAUAACAUCUGCUGCAAAAAUGAGGAAAACCGGCCAAAGAAGGUUCCUGCCAAGUCCCCGGCCACCGUGGCCACCACCUCCACCACUACCACUCAACGGGUCCGCCUCUCAGAAGACCCCAAUUACGUCACACCAGAGGAAAGGGACUGCCGCCGCGCAUCAGGGCUAUGUGUCAAGUGCGGCCAAAAGGGGCACAGCAUCAAACAAUGCCCCAAUGGCUGGAAAGCCACAAUCAAGGAGGUAGCCAAGGUGGCUGAAGAUGUUGAGUUGGGAAAAGACAUUGAAUUUGUAAAUCUUGGUCUAGACUCAAAUAAAAAACCACUUCUUUUUAUCAAUCUAUAUAUCCAAAAUAUCUUGGCAGAACCCCUUAGAACCCUCAUUGACUCAGGAGCCACAUCAAACUUCAUCUCCCCCUCAAUUGUGGAAAAAUACAAAAUCCCAAAAACCCAACUCAAAAAUCCACAAGUUGUGAGAAUGUUAGAUGGUACUAUAUCCCAGACUGGUCGCAUUUGGCACCAGGUUCACCUCACGGUUUUGGCCAACGGCCACCCCCACUCCAUUCCCUUUCUUGUCUGCCCCAUUGGCAACACCCCGGCAAUCCUUGGUAUGACUUGGUUAACAACAGAAGCUCCCCUUAUCAACUGGCAACAGGGACUGAUUACCUUCCCUGAGCAAGCACAGAUUGCCUCUGAGGAAGAAGCAGACCUAGACCCUUUGGCAGACCUUCCGCUUCAGUACCAUGAAUUUGCUAAAGUCUUUGGCAAGGAAGAAUUCAAGGUCCUCCCUCCACAUAGGGAGUAUGAUAUAUCCAUAGACCUUGUCCCGGAUGCCAAACUAUCCCCAGGACCCUUAUAUGGCAUGACUGAUGCUGAAUCCAAGGCGCUCAAGCAACACAUUGACAAAGAAUUAGCAACGGGCAAGAUCCGCCCCAGCACUUCUUCCACUGGCGCCCCAGUCAUGUUUGUUAAGAAAGCAGACAGAUCCCUUAGGCUGGUUGUGGAUUACCAAAAACUCAAUGAGGUAACCCACAAAAAUGUAUAUCCACUCCCAAGACAGGACAACCUCAUGGCAAAGCUGAGACAUGCUAAAAUAUUCACAAAGCUUGAUCUACGCUGGGGCUAUAAUAACGUCAGGAUUAAGGAAGGAGACAAAUGGAAGACGGCUUUUAGAACAAAGUACGGGCUAUUUGAAUACCUGGUAAUGCCCUUUGGCCUUACCAAUGCCCCCGCCGCCUUCCAACACUUCAUGAACAACCUGUUUAGGGACCUCAUCGACGUCACUGUGGUUAUCUACUUGGACAACAUCCUGAUCUUCUCAGAGGACCCUAAGGACCACCCAACCCAUGUCAGGGAAGUCCUAUCACAGUUAAUGAGGAAUCAGUUGUUCUGCAAACUCUUCAAGUGCCACUUCCAUGUCACCACGGUGGAUUACUUGGGUAUUGUCAUUUCCCCGGCAGGCUUUUCCAUGGAUCAGAAGAAGAUUGAGGCGGUCACGUCAUGGCCAACCCCCAAAACAGUCAAGCAGGUCCAAGCCUUCCUAGGAUUUGUCAACUACCUCCGCCAAUUCAUCCCCAAUUUCAGUUCAGUAGCACGCCCUCUGCAUAACCUCACCAGAAAAGAAGCCCCCUGGUCAUGGGGCGACCUGGAAGAAACAGCAUUUCAGGAAUUGAAGGUUCUUGUCACCAAGUCGCCGGUCCUCAUCCAUUCCAACCCAGGACUCCCCUAUUACCUUGAGACAGACGCCUCAGGGGUUGCCAUGGGAGCCAUCCUUAGUCAGCAAGGCCCAGAUAACAGACUACAUCCAAUUGCAUAUAUGUCCAAAUCGUUCUCAGGGGCAGAGGGAAACUACGACACUCACAACAAGGAACUCCUGGCCAUCAUCAAGGCCUUGGAGGAAUGGCGUAUUUUCCUGGAAGCUAUGGACAAGCCGGUUCAGGUAUUUACAGACCACCGCAACCUUGAGUACUGGAUGCAGGCAAGGACAUUCAAUCAACGGCAUGCUAGAUGGCGUGUAUUCCUGAGCGAUUUCAAUUUCGAAAUACAUUAUUGCCCAGGGAAGCAAUCAGGGAAGCCGGAUGCCUUGUCCAGACAAUUGGACUACGUUGACAACCCCCAAGAACCAGAAGUCAUGCUACUGCCAGAGGUUUUUGCGAAUACAGUGGAAGAGGAAUUAGAAAUUGUCACGGAUAUUUGCGCCAAGCUCAAGGAAGAUCCAUCACUGGAACCAAUUAUUAAGUUCCUUACUGAGGAUGCAGACAACGCGCCCCCCUCAAUUAGGAAGGCCUAUAGGGACUAUGAUUGGGAAGAAGAUUUGCUAUGGUACUGCGGGAAACUGGUGGUUCCGGACUCAGAACCCCUGAAAGAACAACUAUUGAGGGAAUUCCACAACUCCCUGCUGGCAGGACAUCCAGGCCAACAAAGGACGCUCAAACUUAUCAGCAGGAGCUAUUGGUGGCCCGGAAUGAAAUCUUCUGCCAAAGAAUGGGUCAAAUGCUGUCCACCCUUAGAAGUUCCCCCUUAUCCUUUUCACACCAUAUCCUAUGACUUCAUCACAGGUUUCCCCAAAUCCCAGGGACACAACGCCAUACUAGUUGUAAUUGAUUCCUUUUCAAAAUUUGGUCACUUCAUUCCCACCUCAAAAAAGGUCACAUCAAAGGGUCUAGCGGACUUAUUUGUCAACCAUGUCUGGAAGUUACAUGGGCUACCCAUAAAAACCAUCUCUGAUAGAGGUACCAUGUUUACCGGGAAGUUCCUCAGGGCACUAUACCAACAACUUGGAAUUAAGCCCGCCUUCUCAUUGGCCUAUCACCUGGAAUCAGACGGUCAAACGGAAAGGGUUAACCAGUUCAUAGAGUUCUACCUCAGAUUGUAUGUGGCUGCAGAUCACUCAGAUUGGGCCACAUGGUUACCGCUGGCUGAAUAUGCAUAUAACAACGCCAAGCAUUCUGCCACAGGGAAAACCCCUUUUGAACUAGUUUAUGGAAGAAACCCGGUAAUGAACCCAUCCAACGUCCCAGCAAACGUCCCAGAAGCAGACCUUGUAGCAGACACCCUUGCACAGGAAUGGAAGGAAGCAGAAUCCGCUUUAAAGAUGACAAAGGAAAGAAUGGCAGGAGUGAAAGGCACAACCCCAGAAUACUCUAUUGGGGAAAAAGUGUCACGACUAAGCUCGGACCUAUGA